AUGAGUCGAAACAGUGUAAGUGGCCCUGGGACGACGUACCAGGUGUACGUGUUGGCUAUAAUAGGAAAAGGAGAUAUUCCUUUGUACGAAGCUGACCUAACCAUGAAUGGAAAAAAAGAUAUUUCAGAACACCUAGCACAAUUCAUAAUUCACCAGUCACUAGAUUCACUAGACGUCCUGGUAUGGAAAUGCACAAAUCUGUUUUUAAAAACGAUUGAUUCGUUUAACAGCUAUUCCGUUUCAGCAUACUGUACCACAGGACACAUAAAGUUUUUACUGCUUCACAAAAACAAGAAUGAAGUUAGCAGUGGGGGUAAUAGCGGUACAGGUGGACCCGCCAUCCAUGUACCCUCUGAUGAUAGCAUCCGAUCCUUCUUCGAGGUCGUUCACGAAAAUUAUAUUAAGGUGUUAUUGAACCCGCUGUAUGAGCCCAACGGAAUGAUCACAAGUUCUCUCUUUGAUCAGAAUGUGCGUUUGGCGGCGAAGCGCUUCCUGCACGGUUGA